GCGCCCCCGGAAGCGGCGUGCGGCGGGGUGCCAUGGCCGGCGGGGCCAUGGCGGGCGGUGGGGAUUCGUUUCGCGCUCUGCUCCGCGCCGCCAACGCGCUCCUGCAGCAGCGCCGCUACCACGCCGCGCUCGCCGUCAUCAAGGGCUUCCGCAACGGCGCCGUUUAUGGAGCCAAAAUCCGUGCCCCACACGCCCUGGUGAUGACUUUCCUGUUCAAGAGUGGAAGUUUCAGGGAGAAGCUGAAGUCCAUUGCCCAGGCCACGUACGCUCACUCCCGGAACCUGGCCUGCUUUGUGUUCACCUACAAGGGGCUCCUGGCAGCUCAGUCCCGGCUGCAGGGGAAGAAAAUCCCAUUCCAUUCCUUCCUUGCAGCCUGCAUUGGGGGCUGGCUGGUGUUUGGUGACAACAAUCCCAUCAACAGCCAGAUCAUCAUGUACCUGCUGUCCCGCAUCCUGUUCGGUCUGUCCCGGCUGGCCGUGGAAAAGGGCUACAUCCCACAGCCCAAGCAGGAUCCCUUCCCUCUCCUGGCUGCCCUGGUGUGGGGGACAGUCCUGUGGCUCUUUGAAUAUCACAAGGAGACUCUGCAGCCCUCCCUGCAGUCCUCCAUGACCUACCUGUACGAGGACAGUGAGGUGUGGCACGACGUGUCUGACUUCCUCAUUUACAACAAAAGGACAGACAAAAGCAAGUAGGUGCUUCACUCUAAACCACCUUGGAAUGGGAUGGGACCUCCCAGCCACUGGGGAAAAAGGUUAUUCUGUUGCUUUUGACCUGUGAUUUUUUAAAAUUCACAUCUAUCAAGCAGAAUUGGCUCUUAUCUGCAGGCCAGAAUGUUCUGAUCAGUCUUUUGGCUGCUUUUAGAGGAAGCACACAUCCCACAGAAACUUGUUGCAGUCUGGUUUUAAGAGGCCUUGUUUUCCCUACAAGUGUAGCACUGGGGUUUCUUCUUUAAAAACUAAAUGUAUUUAUAAAAUGACAGCCUGACACUAAGUGGAGAGUAUGAAAACAUGUCCUAGGGCUCAUCUGAAUGUUUACAAGUGGUUUUUUCGGUGCUGUUGUGCUCACUGUGGUGUGAUUCAGGGUGAAGGGAGUGGGGGACCUGCUGAGCUCUGAGAGCAGGGCCAUCAUUUCUUCAUUGCUACGGAUGGCUAAGAAUCCUGUGUAAACUAUUAUAAGGACAGUUAUGUGCUCCUUUAGAGAGUUCCUUUGCAGCUUUCCCUCAGGGAGACAAUAAAAUGUCUGAGAAUAGAACUGUUAGGAUUGUGUUGUACCAGCCUGGUAAAUCAGGCUUGGAAAGACUAUUUUUGCUUGGUUUCUUUCCUGCAGUUGGGCUGAAUCUGUUCCUCUAUCAAGUGCACUAAUGAAUACCCUGUAAUUAUUUUAAACUUGUUUGUAAAGCUUUUAAAAGCUGCUUGAACUAAAUACCAAAAACAGUUACACAACUUGGGCUCCUCUAUGACCAGGCCUCAGCUCUCAUGCUGGGGAUUUUGUGUGUCGAAGGGAGCAACAUUUCCCAAGCACUUACAUUUAUUUUAUUUUGGUGGAGCAUGACAAGGGUUUCUCUGAGGUCCACAGUCUGCCCUCCACAGCAAGUGUUAGCUGUUACCAGAUUUGAAUCUGAUUUUGUACCUGUAGUUUGUGCAGGGUUAAUGGUUUAAUUGAAUGGAUUAAUUUAUUAAUUUUCUUCCUCUCAAAAACACUCUGCUGAGCCCCAGGACAGGGCAGCACACCCUGGGUUGUGGCAGAAGAUAGCUGAGAAAGCACAAAACCUGGUUUAAUUAAGCAAUUAAUAAAUUCAAACUCCUCAUAGUGCAAAGCACUCACCUGCCUUAUAACACUACCCAGUUCACUCAAUGAUUGAAAUAAUCAGUGCAUUGAAAUAAUUCCUGGUUUGAUGUGGUGAUAUUUCCAAGAGAAUCAUUAAAUUCCCUGCUCUCUUUUGGCUCAGUUGGGACUGUUUGGUUCACUUUCCCUGUAUCCACCUGCUUUUCCCUGACCUGCCCAUGGCAUUCAUAAUCCUGCUGAUGCUCUCUUCAUCAUCUUUGGAACUCUUUACCCUCCAGGCUCUGGCAGUUUCUCCUCAUCAGUGGUACAGCUGAAAUGGUACAUUUAACUUCAGGGAGCUUCUGAUUUUAAAAAAAAAUCUCAAUUUCUUCUCAAGUCAUUUUUCCUUGUCCUCCUAAAGGACAAGUAAUAAAGGAGUAAUAUAGUAAUAAUUGCACAUAUUCAGAGUGCUGCUUUACUCUUUAUUUUUCCACUUUUCUUUGUCCAUGCAAAUCCAUGAUGUACCCAAAAACCAAGAUACUUCUUUGUCAUAAAAACUCUCUAUGAUUCCUUCAACUUCUAAUUAUAUUGCUAACUUCUCAUUAAUUGCUGUUACAGUCUGGACUGAAUAAUUGAAUUGGAAUCCAUCAGACCCCUUGAAAGCUGUAAAAUUAGGAAUUUGGUUUGUUUCUUUUGGUUAAAUAUUUUUCUCUGUAUAGAGAAGCAUAAAGAUUCAAUUCAGAAAAACUGCUGAAGCUACAGGUGAGGUGUGAUUCCUUUAUAAACAUCUUUCUUUCCACCAUUGCUGGCUGUUUGAAGCAUCCCAGUUUUUCUGUCAGAAGCCUCAUAUUGUUCCAUCUAAGAACAUUGAUAUUCUGCUAAAAUUGCUGAAUUCCUGCAAGCUUUGAUGGGAUUUCAGAAAGCUGACAGCUGUGGCUUGGGAAUUGCUCCCUAAAACUAUUAAACUCACAAAUCCUUGACCAUGUGUAAUUAUUGUAGCAAAAGAAGCUCUGAGCUGGGUGUCUCUGAGAAGUUUUUGAGCUGUUAAAUUUGUAGCUUGUGGUUCCCUUAGAGGUGGAAUAACCUUCCUCUGCUGGGCAUUGUACCACUGUGGCUGCUGGUGAAGCAGAGAAGGACAAGUGGCCUUUCCUCACCUUUUCACACUGCUCUCUGUCCUCUCCAGAAAAUAAAUCCCAGCCAAAACCCAAUGUCUCAGUCAGCCUGGCAGCAGUGACCAUGACUUCUCUUUGGUUCAGAAUGCCCUUUUUCUCUUGGGAAUCUGUCCCUUUCUAAGAAAGCCAUGCCUGAGCCUGCAGCCAUCUGUACUGGAGCUGCAGGGGGCAGCUGCCAUCCCUGAAUCCCAGCUCCUGACCUUUUCACACUGCUCUGUCCUCUCCAGAAAAUAAUUCCCAGCCAAAAACCAGCAUCUGCAGUCAGCCUGGCAGCAGUGACCAUGACUUCUUGGUCCAAAACUCCCUUUUUCUCUUGGGUUCUGUCCCUUUCUAAGGAAGCCAUGGCUGAGCCUGCAGUGAAGCUGCAGGGGCAGCUAUCCCUGGAUCCCAGCUCCUAAUCUUUUCACACUGCUCUGUCCUCUCUAGAAAAUAAUUCCCAGCCAAAACCCAAUGUCUCAAUCAGCCUGGCAGCAGUGACCAUGACUUCUCCUUGGUCCAAAACUCCCUUUUUCUCUUGGGUUCUGUCCCUUUCUAAGGAAGCCAUGGCUGAGCCUGCAGUGAAGCUGCAGGGGCAGCUAUCCCUGAAUUCCAGCUCCUGACCUUUUCACACUGCUCUGUCCUCUCUAGAAAAUAAUUCCCAGCCAAAACCCAAUGUCUCAAUCAGCCUGGCAGCAGUGACCAUGACUUCUUGGUCCAAAACUCCCUUUUUCUCUUGGGUUCUGUCCCUUUCUAAGGAAGCCAUGGCUGAGCUGCAGGGGGCAGCUGCCAUCCCUGGAUCCCAGCUCCUCCCGGGAGCUCAGCCCCUGGGGCUCUGCUGACCGUUGGUUUUCCUGCUGGGCUGGGGCAGGACGUUAAGCUGCAAGUCACUGCUUUCCCCAGGGAAGUAAUUGGGACAGCUCCUUAAUGACAUCAGCCCCCAUGGCUGUUCCUGGGAGCAGAUAGCUGGGGAUGAGCCCCUUCUGCUGCCAAGGUGUUGGAACAAUGCAGGCGUGUCGUGGGUAAGUGAACUAGAAGUAAUUUGUCUGAGUCAGACUUUUGGGAUAUGUAAGUGACACUCCCUGCCCUCCCCCAGGGCAUUGUGUGGGGAAUGGAGUGCCCUGUUUGGGUUCCCUUUUUAUUAGCAUUAAAAGCAAAAGAAAUAAAGAGACAGUUGGGAAGCCACCUGCAUAUGGCCAAGUGCUUAAGGAUCACAAAGAAGGGUCAUUUUCUCCCCCAGCCCUGACUGGUUUUGAAUUUUAAGAUGAACAUGGGAUUGUUUGUCUAGAGCAACUUUAUUUUCCCCCUUGUUUUUUUUUUUUUCCUUAACACCUGACUGAUGCUGAGUGUCUCUAAAGAGGAGCAGAGUGUCUCUAUCUUUGCUCAGUUUGUCAAAAGCAGGGAACACUGUAUAAAAUUGAAGUGUUUAAAAUGAUGCUUCUCAGAUUUUAAGCCUCUCUUAGAGGCAGUUUUAAAGGUUAAUGAAUCGAACUGAUCAAAAGUUUUCAGCAAUCCUGAGCUUUUCAAGCAGACUGACUAUCCUGGGCUAUUAAUCAUUUAUUUUAUGAAGGAACAAAGCAGGUUCAGAGUUAUUUACUGCUGCUGCCUGCUGCCCUGGCAUACCCACUGUGCUUCCCUUCCCUUUGGAGGACAGCUUGUGUGCUGGGCUGGCUCUGGGAUGGCUGGAGAACCCUUUCCGGGACAAUUGCAUUAUUUAACAAAGGUGAAAAUGAGACAGCUGCCUGACAUUUGGGUUAGGGAAGAUUUUCUGGGCUGUGUUUGAUGCUGGCAGUGAAGGAGAGGGUGUUUGAACCUGAGUUUGGCCAUUCAGUGCUGCAGAGGAGGGCUCGAGGAGGCUGGGGCUGCUGGGGGUGUGACCCUAUGUCUGUAAUGGGACAGUGCAUUUGUCCUGGCCACCAUCCCUAUGUCUGUGCAAUAACCAGAGAACUGGCCCUGUUCAGGGCAUUUGUCAGAGAAUUGUGGGAUGGUUCAGGUUAGAUGGGACCUUAAAAACCAUCCCACCCCUGCCAAGGGCAGGGACACCUUCCUCUGUCCCAGGAGGCUCCAAGCCCCAUCCAGCCUGGCCUUGGACGCUGCCAGGGAUGGAGCAGCCACAGCUGCUCUGGGCACCCUGUGCCAGGGUUGGGAGGGUGCAGAGAAGCUUUGAUAUUGGUGCUGUGAGACUUCCUGCCCUGCUAGAGUAGGUCAAGCUCUGCUUUACACCCAGCUGGGUGUGGGUGGAAGGGCAGAGAUGAUGCCUGGCUGCUGAAAGAGCCCCAAAGCAGGGCCCCCCUGUGCAGAGUGAGCUCUGCAGCCAGCUGGGAGCUGCCAUGGCUGCCUGCAUGGUGCUGCUGGAGCCUCCAGAACCCUGUGCAGAUCCCUCACCAGGAGAAGCUGCUGGGAAGCUCCAACUCGUUUUCCCUGCAUCAGCGCAAAGGUGACCUUUGGAUAAUACCCUGAGCUGUGUGCUGCUCCCUGUUUGUCAGGCUGUGUUUGUCUCCCUGGCUCAUGGCAGCCUGAAGCUGAAUGUGUUUUCUGAUGCUGCUUUUGAAACCCAACAGAUAAGGGAGGAGGGAAAAUAAGGUAUCAUGUCUGUCUGCCACUGUUAAUAUUUUUGGGGUGUUAAUCUUGAGUUUUCAACCUGUGUGUUCCUACCAGAUUGGUGGAGGAGGUAACUUUUUUCUUUACUUAGAAGAAUUUUCAUGUCUCUGGUGGUGAGGAGGGGGAAAAACAAACUAAGAGCUCUAUAAUACAGGUAGUAUUACCUCUGGUUUUGAGAUAUAUUUUGUAUUCAUAAUUGCUGUGUAAUCCAGGCCUUGAUUUUCUGACAGCAUAGAAUAAAAUAAAGAACAUAAAUUCAGGUAACUUAUGUGACACUGAUCAGAAUGCUUGUAGAAAUAUCUUGGAUUUUGGAUUUAAAACAAUAAAAAGACAGGGCAGGGGGUUGUUGAUGUGGCUCUGUUCACUAUGAAUCACCUUCUUGUGGCCAUUAUUUCUGUAUAAUCACUCUUGGAAUAUUGCAAUACUGUGCUUUGUCUACAAAUAAAAAUCCUAAUUUUU